AUGGGUCCAGAUUUCGUAUAUUCAAGGCUACCAACUCAUACUCCUGGCGUACCGGAUUUCAAUUGCCAUCUCGUGGAUUCAUUGGUCUUAGUGAGUGAGGUAAAAAGAAAGCAUGUUUUAGAAGAUAUGGGCGAACAGACAUUUCCCGAGUUUUAUCGGACAAGUAAAGGCAAGGAUGCAAUUCAACAAAUCUACAAUUAUAGGGGAGGAAAUGAACUUAGAUAUGGUAUUCUCACCACCUAUGAUAAUCACUGGUUUCUACGCCGAGAACAUACAGAGCUCUGGAUCUCAAAAACCCUUCCACUUCAAUCUGAAUCUCCACCUAUUCUCAAGGCAUAUGCUUAUAUAACUCGACAAGCGAAAGAGAAUCCCAAGUCUUCUCAACCUCAAGUAUUAGUGCAGGCUCAUAGCGACAAUAAUUCGCGUACCCUUCGGUCACACUCCUUCAGAUCCUCAUUAAAUAAUCAGGCUUCCAGCACAUUGACAUAUCAUCAACUGCCUUCAGACACUUUUGCUAAACAAUCAAAUUAUAGCUUUGCGGACUUCAAGUUUAAGAGCAUACUAGGUGAAGGACGAAGUGGAAAAACUCUCCUAUGCGAGUUUCGUGGUGAUACAAUUGCUUUGAAGAGUACUGACUUAUCGAAGGCCCCAUCGUAUGUCCUAGAAGAAAUGCAAAAAGAAGUCGAGAUUUACAAAGACCUUGCAGAUAUUCAAGGCAAAUAUAUACCAAAGUUGGUCUGUUACGGUUAUUACGGGGGAGGUAUGAGUUUCGUUAUCGGCUUGACCAUUGUCGGUACUAUGUUGAGCGAGCAUAAAAUAACGAAUCGGCAAAGGUCGAGGGCCAUUAAGGGAUUAGAAGCGAUUCACAAGCAUGGUAUCCUCCACAAUGAUAUUCGGAAGGAAAACAUCUUAAUUAACAACAACGGUGACAUAUACCUGAUUGACUUCGGGAUUUCAAGUCGGGAGGAUAUAAAGAAGAGAAAGAUUUUCGAGGAGGAACAGCUCGAAUUAUAUCAAUUGCUAGAUAGAUACCAUUCCCUUCUAACGGGCUUGGUCGUAUCGACCCCACCAAUGACAUUAGAUGAGCAGAAAUUCUAA